CGAACCACCAAAUAUAAAACUAAAACCUCCAUCAUCACCAAUAUUCAGAUCCAAUUUCUUCAGUUCCCAAACAAUAAACAUGGCAUCCUUGUGUUCAUUUCCACGCAUUUUCUCUGCAGACCCCAUCAAGCAAUCGCCGCCGCCCACCGCCCCUUUUCCGCCGUCCAAUCAAUUCGCCGGGAAACCGCCGGCCUUGGCCUUCCGGCAUAGCACCGCCAACAAGAAGAGAACUUCCACGCUGGUUGCCGCUGUCGGAGACGUCUCCGCCGACGGCACCACCUACUUGAUCGCCGGCGCCCUCGCCGUCGCUCUCGUCGGAACUGCCUUCCCCAUCCUCUUCUCUCGCAAAGAUUUGUGUCCGGAAUGCGACGGCGCCGGGUUUGUCCGGCAGGGAGGGGCGGCGCUGAGGGCAAAUGCGGCUCGGAAAGACCAAACUCAGAUCGUUUGUGCCCGUUGCAAUGGCCUCGGCAAGCUCAACCAAGUCGACAAAUAAAUGUAUAAACUUUUUCCGUUUUUAUUUGAUUUCGUUUUCAAUUUCCGUUUUAAAUAUAAUCCUAAAUUACAUAUUUUAUUAAUGUGAAUGUAAUUAAGUAUUAAAAUAUGUUAUUAGUUCAUCUACUUCUCAAUUUUGCUUGUGAUAAAAUAUUUGUCGAAGUGAAUAAAGUUCAACAGUA